UGGAGCCACGUGCUGAUCUCACAGCCAGCGUCAGUAGUGCGCUGAUUCUGCCGCGCUGAGCAUUGUGUCGUCCGACACUCGCUAACCGUCACGUGUGUGUCGUCUCCGCGAGUGUUGUGUUGGACUGUCGUGUCGUUUUCCGAUCAUCCAGUGUAAAGUUCCUAGAAUAAUGUCUUAUCGGCUAGAAUUGCAAUUUGUUGACAUUUCCGUUUGAUUACUCAUUUUUAUACCAGCAAGUUCCUCAACAUUUCCUAACGUAAUACUAAAUCAACUAGAAGUAGUUUUGAAGAAUGUAGACACCGUGGAUUCAUUGAUUAUAAAUCAUAUUUUAAGUGACAAAGAUCGCUUUCAGAGGUCCCGCCGACACGAUUGAGUGAUGUCGCUCUGUUGAUGAAGUGGCAUUGGUAAUUAAUGGAAAGCGGAGAUGGAGUCGGUGACACUGAGUGGCGGUGGCAGUGGCGAUGUGAGCAGCAGUGGCAGUGGCAGUGGCAGUAUCAGUGGAAGUGGAAGUGGCACGCCACCACAGUGCACGCGGACUCUGCGAUUAAACGGGUUGACGGUAACGGCCACGCUUCCGCCGAAAUCCAUGACCAUGUGCCCCAGGACCAGGAACUGUGGCGGUGCCGUACAGCCAGAGGAAACGUACGACCUACCGGAUGGCUCCUGUUUCCGGCGUACGAUGCACAAAUCCGGUCCCUUGCGAAGGAAUUUGAACCCCCGCACGGCUGCUAUUCGCCCCGCCAAGGACUGUGUCCCACCUCCUCAGCAGCCCCUGAAUGCUGUCAACCUGGCGCUCAACAACCUACUUGAUAAAAUCAGUAAUCUUGAUAAGAAGAUGGAGUCUCUUCUUGAAGUUUCCCAGUAA